AUGGCUGGUCGGAAGAAGACGACCGAACUCCCCAAUGAAUUGGUCAAUGAAAUUCUCACGAGGGUUCCGGUGAAGGCCCUGGUCCGGUUCAAAUGUGUGUGCAAAAGAUGGAAAUUGCUGCUAAGAAGCAAGAACUUCAUCAAAAAGCAAAUGACUUACGCCCCAAGAAAGCUUCUUGCGAUUGAAGACAAUGGAGAGUCUCCUCCUCGUAGCAUCCUUUACGAACACGAAAACAACGGUAACCCUAAAAUGACACUCGAAGAAGCUGAUCUAACUCGCGGUAGCAAACAUUUGGUCGACUUAGAAGUGAUCGGGCAUUGCGACGGACUGUUUUGUCUCCGGCUCCAAGACAGAACUUUAGCGGUUUGGAAUCCGUUGCUUAAACAAGUAAGAACGCUAUCAUCAAAAUCUGCAAAACCAAUAACUUCUCAUGACUUGAUAGGCUUUGGUUAUGAUCAUUCAACUGACGAUGAUUACAAGGUAGUAUUCUUCUCAGCAUUGUCUGAAACCAUUAUGGCUCCAAAAGAUUGGUCUCGCGGAGAAAUAGUCACGGUGAAGUCAUCUUCGCGCCGGAGUAUCGAUGAAUUCCCCGAAAUCCGUCGUUGUUUCGACAUAAAAGGGACUUUUGCGGGUGAUAAAAUAUUCUGGCAAGUGAAUAACGAUCCGGAAAACGCAGUGGAGUCAGAAACUAUCCUUAGUUUUGAUCUUUCGUCCGAGAAGUUCGAGUACAUUUCUUUUCCUAGAAAUCUUAAAGGAUUUAUACAAGGCUUGGUUGCAGUAGGAGGAUGUCUAGGGUUUGUGGAAACGUACAUGUUCCAGUACACGUCUAAGCUAGUUGCUUGGACCGCAAGAAAUGACAAAUCUUGGGGCAAGUUUUGUGUAGUUGAAGACUGCUAUUUCGAUGGCUUUAUAGGGUCCCAUAGAAACGACGUUGCUUUACUUAGGACGUAUAAGAACAAAAAUGCAUGGAAUGUGACGUAUUUGGGACACGCAGCUAUGAGGAUUUACACUUAUAACUUGGAGCAACGUGAGUUUUUUGAGGUCGAGACUAAUUUCAUUUCUUGUUAUUUAACUUUAUAUGAUUAUGUUGAGACUUUGCUUUCUCUUAAGUAA